GCUUUCCAUCAUCAAGGAUAGUGUGGUUCUAGCUGUCAAUCAAGAGUACAUCACCAGUGGAGAUGACCCCCUUGACCUUCGACCUGAUGAUGAGGUGGCCGUGAUCCCACCAAUCAGUGGAGGCUAGGCCUUGCUUACGGGCCAGAUUGCAGGCAGUUUUACCCAAGGAGACAUUUUGGACAGAUGGCGGGCAAGGAUUUUGUGCGCAUAACCUCUGACCCCUUGAGUGUGGAGGAGGCAACAGGAAUGGUCACUUCGCCAACCUCGGGGGCUAUUUCUAUUUUCAUCGGUACAACUAGGAAUAAUUUUGAAGGUAAGGAGGUCAUUCGUCUGGAGUAUGAGGCAUACGUCCCAAUGGCUGAGAAACAGAUGCACAGUAUCUGUAGAGAUGUGCGAGACAAGUGGCAAGUGGAGCACAUUGCUGUCUUUCACAGGAUAGGUGUUGUUCCGGUCCAAGAAGCCAGUGUCAUCAUUGCAGUGUCUUCCCCUCAUCGCCAGGCAGCCUUGGAAGCAGUGCAGUACAGCAUCGAUACACUCAAGGCAACCGUUCCUAUCUGGAAAAAAGAAAUGUUUGCUGAAGGAACUGGCUGCUGGAAAGAAAACAAAGAGUGCCACUGGCGGAAAACCUGAUGUUUCCUUGUUUCACUGUAAAUGUAUUCCAAUAAAACAGAAGUGUAAGGCC